AUGCAUAGUGCAACAACACCAAGUUCGAUGAAAUCAGAUGAAACAACAGACGAAGAAUUAAACGAUAACGACACCAUAUUUAAACCAUUAGUUCACACAGAUUCAAGUGAUUUCGAAUGGAGCGAUUCAGAUUUUUAA